AUGGAUGGGACAAUCCUCAACACAGAAGAUAUAUACACAGAGGCUGCUUCCGAGCUUCUUGCAAAGUAUGGAAAAGGCCCCAUGACGUGGGAUGUCAAAAUCAAACUUCAGGGCCGACCAGGUUUGGAAGCUACCAAGAUAAUGGUUGAGGAGUAUAAAUUGCCAUUGACGCCUGAACAAUUCGCUCAGGAGGCUAUUGCGAUUCAAGCAAACAAAUGGCACAAGGCCAGGUUUCUCCCAGGAGCUUUGGAACUUUUGGAGGAUCUUUAUAAGAAAAACAUUCCGAUUGCGUUGGGUACUAGUUCCAAUACCAUAAACUUUGACCGAAAAACAAAGCAUCUUCAGCACGGAUUUGAUCUUUUUGAGGGCCACAUAGUGACUGGUGAUGAUCCGAGAAUACCACCUGGACGGGGUAAACCGCAUCCAGAUAUAUGGUUCGCUUGUUUGGCGAGUAUCAACAAAGAGAGGGCUCUUCAAAACUUAGAGCCUGUGAGAAUUGAAGAAUGCCUCAUCUUUGAAGACGGAAUACCAGGAGUUCACUCUGGUAUAGCUGCAAAUGCUCAUGUUGUAUGGAUCCCUGAUCCAAAUGCGUUGGUUGUUCUCGAUGGUAAGGAAAAGGAUAUCAUUGGAGAAAACGGCGAGAUCCUUUCCAGCUUGGUUGAAUUCGAUAUGGAAAAGUAUUAUCUUUGA